ACUGUUCGGGCAAGGGUGUCCUUGCACUCCCUCUUACGCACCUCCUCCUCUCAUCUUCCUGACUGCUGGACAAGUCUUUGCGUGAAGAAUCACCUUGGUGCCAGACUUAACUUGGGUUCCCCACAGAACAGGGUUGUCUUACUUAGCCUUGCUUCUUUAAUUUGGCCACAAGGCUAUGGACUGAACUUGGAGAAGUGAUAGGGGAACCAGCAGGUUAGCCCUACAACACUCAGGGGCCAGGUGGGGUGGCUUUAGAAGCAGUCUGCAUUAACAAGGCACAGAGAGUGAUACUGGUAUCAUUGUGGACUGAGACCAUUGAAUCUGCUGUGCAAAUACUGAGUAUUACCAGGUCCUUUUGAAGGAGAAGAAAUGAGUUCAGAGUCUGGGCCACGAAAUAGUGCUUCGCUGAUAUUAGUGUGGAGGGAAAGGUAGAAAAUUUCCCAUGUGUCUGCCAUUAUGAAAGAGGGUAUGCAAGAGUAAACAUUACUAAAAAAAAUUCCUCCCAUGUCUGCUGAUCACCUGAAAGAGGAUGCUCAGAGCUGCCAGGAUAAGUGUGAAGAGGACAUCCCGAAGAGUUCUCCGUUCGACUUUGUUAUAAAACAGUUCCAAGGGAAGAAAUCCUUCCCUGGAAAAAGAAAAGAGCAGCCUUCAGCCAUCAGAAAAUUCUUCAGGGGCUUUGACUUUGGGAAAUCCAAAGUCAAGGACAGAAGGGAAACUGAAGAAACAGAAGUAAACAACUCUAGAGCUGAUGAUCGGAAUGAGAAUGAAGAUCUCUCUAUAGAAGAUGGACCAUCACGUCUUAUUUCUGAAGCAAAGUCACCAUCUGGUAAGCAGAGAUUUAACCAGUUCAUGCAGAAGCUGGGAAAGAAAGCCAACAGCAAGAAUCUGGAUCUAAAUAAUUGUGCUUUAAGUGCAACAGAUGUAACAGAGCUGGCUUCUUUACUACCAUUUCUCCCAGAGCUGGAAGAGAUUAGCCUGUCCUGGAACGGUGGUGUUGGAGGGACUUUGAAAGCUCUCACUGUUGAGCUCCAUCAUGUGAACCUGUUAAAAGUUCUUCGACUUAACAACUGCAGGCUGACAGCUGAGGAUGUCACUUCCUUAGGGGAAGCAUUUGAAAUGGUUCCUCAGCUUGAAGAGCUGGAUUUAUCAUGGAACAGUAACAUAGGUGGAAAACUGUCGCUCCUGACAAAAAAACUCCAGAAAGGUUGCAAGAUAAAAUUUCUGAAAAUUACAGAUUGUGACCUGACGGCCAAGGAUGGAGAAUCGCUUGCUCACAUUCUAAAUGUGAUCCCAAACCUUGAGGUGUUAGAUCUCUCUAUCAACAAACAUAUUGGCUGCAGCAUGAAGAUUAUUGCUCAGAAUCUGAAAAAUGUGCCAGGCUUGAAAGAGUUAAACUUGCAUAUGUGUGGAUUAAAGCAAGACAGCCUCCAGGGCUUAGACACUGCUUUACAGCACCUUGCAGAGCUAAGAAAAUUAGACAUAUCAUGUAACAAAGAAAUUGGUGGUGGCUUUAAAGUCUCAACAUCUCACUUGGCCUGCUUGAAAAAUCUUGAAGUUCUUGAUCUCCACCAGUGCUAUGUAACAGAAGAGGACGUGUCUAUUUUGUCCCAGGUGAUACCUUUACUAUCCAGUCUGCAAGAGCUGAACUUAUCCUCGAAUAAAAACAUAGGAGUCUCAUCUGAUCCUCUUCUCGGCAGGCUCAGAUUUUUACCAAAGUUGAAAUCUGUGGCCAUCAGUGAUUGCUGUUUACGAGAAGACUCCUUUUCAUCACUAGCUGAAGCUGCCCUUCACCUUCCUGAACUGAAGAUAUUAGACCUUUCUUGGAACAAGUGCGUUGGUGGGAACCUAAAGCUGCUUUUGGGAGCGCUAAAGCUUGCAACGGAGAUUCAAGUGUUAAGACUGAGCAGCUGUAACUUGGUGGCUGAAGAUUUGGCACUUCUAACGUUACUGACACAGGAUGGUCAUCUAGCCAGAUUGCGGAAGCUGGACGUGAGUUAUAAUGACAGCAUCUCUGAUGAAGGGUGGGCCGUUCUCUGUAAAGGCUUGGCAGUAUUCAAAGAACUGUCAGAAUUAGAUGUCAGUCUUCGCCCAUCAUCUUGCCGUGACUGUGGGAUGUGGUUCAGCGAGUUGUUAGCAGCACUGACAAAGCUGCCUGCAUUGGUAGAACUGGGGAUGCAAAGAUGGGUCCUUUCAGAAUCACAGCAGAAACAACUGGAAAGCUUUAAUCGAGACAACAAAAGAAGCAUUCGUUUUGACUGUUGAUGGAGUUUGAAGGUUUCUGGAAGGCCUUUUGCAAGCAGCACGAGAACUAAGUAUUAUGUGUCUCUGACUUAGAAUACUGUGCAAUUUUUACUCAUCUCUUUUCUUGAGAGCUCUAGAAAUAGUUCCAAAAUUAUAUAAAACUGUUAUUUAACCUUCUGAAUACACGGAUCGUUACAUUUAAUAACAUAUUCUUUCCUAUUCUUUGGACCAUUCUUACACUGCUAUGGUGAAACUACUACAUAUGCUUAAUUUUCAGUGUUGCGAAUAUUGCAAUUACUAAUGUUAAAAGCGCGGUGGGAAUUUCAGAGGGCCGCGCUCCAGGUUUGCCAAUGGAGAGAAGUGGCUUUGACAUGAGCUACUGCAUAUGGGUGGGCAGCGUGAGUCUGGCCUUGUGUAUAUAACGAAGGUGCCUUUUGUAUGAAAAUACUUGAAUCCUCUAUGUUUUAAAUUUUAAUCUCUUCUCCCUCAAAACUUUUGCUUCUUCAUGAAUGUAUUAAAGCUACGUAACUGAGAGCUUUGGAAAGCAUCCCAGCAACUCAGGAUUAUAUAUUAGUCCAGUAAGGAGAAUGCAGAGGGAUCUGUUCUGGCUCUGCUCUGGCCCUUGAUGCCUUCUGGUGGUGUAGAUGAGUCCUGGAUAUAGAAUCAGCAUGAAAUGAAGGUAAGAAAGAGUUGAUUGGUGUCUCUGCAGGCCUUGAGGGCAAGGGAAGUGCAGGAGUAGGUUAAAUAGAGGUAUAGCCUGGUAUAUUAGCAAGAAUUCUGGAUGCAGAGCAAUCCAUAUGCAUUCUGGAUAAGGCUGUGCAAAGAUUUCAGGGUACUUAGGGAUGUUCCUUCUUAUCGUGGGCUGUUUCAGCCUUACCCAGACUGCACCUUCUGUACUGUCCCUCUUAGCAAAUACAGCACAAAGCCAAACCUCCAGAUUUAAGAGCGUGAUCUAGAGCCCUAUCAAAACCCAUGAGAGUACUCUUAGUGCCUUCAGGCUUUUUCAGGAUUCAGGAUUUCAGGAUUCAGGAUUAAUCUGUUAACUUUAACAGCACCUUGUGAAGCAGACAGUGUUCUUAUCCUUGCCGUAAAGUUGGAAGAAAUCAACCCAGGGAAGCAAUGUCUGUUAUUCAAAGCCAUGGGACAGCAUCUAGCCAGGAGCAGAGCACUCUGCUCUGUGCCCGAGACCCAUUAGAACAAGCACUGACUCGGGUCAUUUAAGUAUCUCGUCUUUUCUUUAUUUGAUAAUUUCUUAUUUGGGAUUUUAUUAGAUAUGCUUAAACAUAGCCAAAACCUGGCGUAAUCACUCAUGUCAUAGAGCAUGUUAGCCCACACGUGGGUUCAAUGACUGCAGUGGGAUUAUUCAUUGGUAAGAUAUUUUAGGAAGUAAAGAUAUUAGAUCUGCCCACUGAGUGAGGAGUCUUAGAGAAAUCCUGAGACAGCUUGAGGGAUAAAGUACUGCUCAAUUAGCCCUGAGCAUGUCCACAUGCUGCAGCAAUCUCCUGGAGGAGAAGCACAACAGGAUCAUUCAGUGGCACUCUCUUAGCUUGCUAGGACCCCUCUCAGCAAAUUCUCCCAUGCAGAAGCAGGUUAAUAUUCAGCAUUCAGUCUCAGUGACCCCUUCAACAUCAAUUUCUGACUGGUUGGGGAUAGAUAGCAGCUAACUGUACUGUGCUGCUGCUGCUGCCUUGCUUAAUCCAUGAUUUCAUGUGAGGAUCUCCUUGGACUUCCUCGUUCCAGUUUCAGUUUCACAGUAAAACGCACUUGGCACCCCCAGCUCUUAAAAUGUGAGAUGGAGUGUCUGGUCAGAGGUAGUAGGGAACUGCUGCAGUGUGUGAUCAGCUGUUUUCUACAGAGAUUCCUCAAAGGCAGCGCAGAGCUCUGGUUUCUGUUUCCUCAGGGCUAAUGUCCUGGGAGUCUUUCAAGCAGUGACUCAAGCUGCGAGAGUUACUUCUAAUGCAGGAAUACUUUCAUGUCUGUUUAACACCUGCACACCAACCUCUUCUCUUAGUCACUUGCCUUUGCUUGACUCUCCUUGAAUAUGCCUCUGGUUCAACUGAGAAAAUGACCCUCUAUCCGUUCUUUGAGAAUCUCUCUGAAGCACUCCUUUCCCAAUUGAACUGCACUUUCUAAUUCAGUAAAGCAGCUGGCCCAUGUUUAAUGUCAAAUGUCUGUUGUAAUCUUACUGCCUUAACUGGACUUCAGUGUUGGGGUUUCUUGCUGUGUCACAUACUCUGGUUUCUUGUUCUCCAGAGCACAAUACAGACUCACUGUCAGUAACCUCUCCACUUUAUUUUAAUGAUCCCCUUCUCAGUCCUUUGCCAUGAUUCUGUCAUGCCUAUCGUGCCACUAGAAAGCUCUCUAUUCCCUUCUAUUAUAUGUACCAUUUCUCUUCCGUCUUCCUUGAAAUCUCUCUCUUCCAGUGGUUUCCUCCUCAGUAGCCCCUGCCUGGAUCAUCCUCUCUAUGCCUCUAUGCCUUCACUUAGGGUGAAAAGAUUUCACAAGACACCUCCAAGCAAUCAAAACAGCAUCAGUUACCUAGUAAAAUGGAAAAUUAAAGGCAGAGCAGUCCCACUUUUCUCCGCUUAAAGUCCCCAGCUCUGUCCGUACUAGCAGACGCAUGAAUGAGACUUCAGUAUCAACAGAUUCAACAGCCAAACAGAAAUUAGAUCCGUAUCCAGGAUGCAGAUACAGCCUGUCUUAAUCAGAAGAGCGCUGCUGGAGAUGGAGCUGUAGAAAGAGCUGUGUAUUAGUGACCCUGCUAUCACCACCUCCUUCAGUGACCAAUUUCUCUUUCUUUGAGCCAACUCAGACACAGUGAGGAGGCAGAACUACAGUUCUGACCAGCCAAAUAAGCUAAAUCAGGGAUUCUGCUACCCACCCAUUCAUGUCUUUUGAGUCUGUACAGUGUGGCUGGUCACAGUUUGGCUCUGCGCCUUAGUUCCACUGCAGAUAAAACUCUUGAGGGGUUGGUGGAAGCUCUGAGCAAUUACUGAAUAAAAAUUAGACAGGGACAUUGAAUGUCUAGGACAAACAGCUGUCUGUGAAGUGCUCUAGAACGGUACGGAUACAUAUCAAUUUUGCAUCCUAAAAGUAUAGCAAGGAGUGUCUGUCACUGUUCCUUUGAAUAACAAAGAUGUUAUUACAUAGCAGGAUUCAGAAUCAUUGCAGAAUGUUGCAUUCU